UCCCUGGAAACAUGCGACGAAACGCUUCUGACCCGUCAGGGUAGUGUCCGCGGACGAAAGCUGCACGUAUUCAACACGGUACGAAUGAUGCGGAUAAGAAGUCAAUGGCAGAGAGACUAUACCCGAGAGGAGAUGAACAAAGUCGUUGUCUACAUUACAACAUGUGGAAUAUUGAGAAGAGUCUGGGAACGAUGUCGGGAUACGGUUGAACUUUUGAAAGCACACAAAAUCAAAGCCGAAUUUCGUGAUCUCAACAUUCACCCUUCAUACGUGGAGGAGUUGGCCGAUCGAAUGCGUUUGGAUAAGGAAGAUCGAGAAUUGGUCUACGACAGUCUGCCGAUGGUCUACGUGAAUGGGAAAUAUUUCGGGGUACGUUCUUCCUUUUUUGAAUGCAUUCUUAUUUGUUCUGAACAAAUCAAAGCGAAUUUUGCUUUGAAUGAAAUGGAACUAAUUAAUCCUUCCACCUUAAAAGGGAUAUAA